CAUUUGAAAGAAUUUACGAACACAUCACGAUGUCAAAAAUCAAAAUGAUGGGGAAAUAAAUUAAAAAACCAUGAAUGUCGCUAAAUCUUCCAGUGGUUUCGUCGAGUACAUCUACGAUAGUCAACUGAUAGCAAUGGUGGCUGAAGAAGACACAUGCGUGGGAUUUCUGCUGGCAGGAAUCGGUCAACGUACCAAGAAAAACGAACUGAAUUUCGCAGUUGUCGGCGAUGAUGCCACGCAAGAAGAGAUCAUGGGACACAUGAACAGAUUCAUCUUAAGAGAGGACAUCGCUAUAAUCUUGGUGACGUAUGGCGCUGCGGCCAAAAUCAAGAAUUUCCUGCUGGAAUACGAGAGCUUCCUACCUGUGAUACUGGAAAUUCCUUCCAAGUACCACCCGUACGAUCCUGCUGAAGAUUUCAUCAUGACAAAACUCAUAGAUAAAUACAGCGAAGACGAACAACGCAGGCCAAGCUUAUCGAAAAGCUGAUUUCAUGAAUUUGAUGGAGAAAAUGGUGUUUUCAUAAUAUCGGUUCGCUAAAUAUAAUUAUCCCCAAUCA